UAGACGAAACAUAAGAUAAAACUGAAACACUUUCUAUCGUAUUCAUAAGUUUUUAAUAUUUGCAAAAUAUUUGAAGAUCGUUUUAUAAAAGCAAAGGACAAGCAAAAUGAUGUCUGUUCUGCCGUUUGUUAUGUUUCAGUUGUUUUCGUGGCAUAUACAUGCAUGUACCGAAUUGGAACUGUUAACCAAACCUGUGGUCUUUGGACAAAAUGUGAAACUUGCUUGCGCUGCCAAUGACACUGAAAUACCCCUAGAUCAACAUCCCAGCAGAAGAUGGUCAGGUGGACCUUUAAAUAAAGUAUUGUGUUUGAAUGCUAUAUCUGCAGAUCCUUUGAAAUAUUAUGAAGUAAUCGGAAAGGAAAAAUAUGAGUACAUCCUUGUAAUAAACAACUUUUCAGUGGCUGAUGUAGACUGUGACUAUAAAUGUAUCGUUGGAGUAGACGAAACACGAAAGACACUCCAGCUCAACGAGAAGGACUAUGAAUAUAUACCAGCAACAGAAACAAUAAUUGUAACCUCAAGUUUAAUGUAUGGGCAUUUCAGAGUUGAUGUUCAUUUUGAUAAAGUAUGGCCAACGCCAGAAUGUGAAAUCAUUUUUGAGGAUGUCAAAUAUGGAAAUAAAGCUAAAAUGUCAAAAAGGAAAAAUGGAAAAUUAUAUUCUGUCGACAUAAGUUUAAAACACACAUUAAGAAAAGAAGACUGUACCGGUGAAAUGUUGAUUUUCUGCGAGAUUGGAACAAAACACAUCGAGGUUCAGAGAAAACAUUUUAACACAUGCCCAGUCACUGCAGUUCCACACAGGGUUAGGAGCUUCCUAAACGAUGUCGGACUAGUGACACUGGUAAUUGCUGUUCUCAUGAUUUUAGUUGUGGUAAUUGUUAUAAUGAUUUCCAUAACAAUUAGGCAAAAAGGCUACAUCAAGUCCGUCUUCAAUCUCUUUUUUGGAUAUACCGAGAAACGUUUUAUCCAAAUACCACUGAACGAACAACCUUUUUUGAAAGAAACACAUAUGGAAAUUCCUUCACAGGCAUCACAAGAACAGCCAUCUUGAGAACGGAAGAAACGUCCAUGUAUUUCGUGUUAUACAUUCCACAAUUAAUAUGAUAUUCAUAAUCUUAAUAAUGUAUGAUCCAGGUUUCAUUAUGACAACAUAAUUUCCAUCAUGGUAAAUAAUAAACAGUUUUUACAGAAUGCUCUUAGUUACAUACUUAGUAAACAUGUAGUAUUUGAAUUUAAACAGAUCAUGCUUAGAGUGCAAUAAUAUUACGGGUACAAUGAUACUGCAUCAGAUGCAUAUAUCGACAAUAAAUGUUUCUUCAGAGAUUCUCGAGAAUACGUGUAAUGACGUUUUUAACUAAUUUCAACACAAAAUGUCAUUUAUCAUUUUCAUAUAAGUAACAUUUAAAGUACAGGCUGAUAUUAUCAGAUAGAGAUGAAUGGGGAUGCAAUAGUAUUUUUGAACUAAAUCAAUAACUCGACCUGCUUUGAAUGAAACAAAAAAAAUACGAAUUGCCCAAGACAGGAUAUAAAUAUCUAUCCCGCAAAAUAGGAAACAUAUUAUACUUUAACAAAUAAGUAUAAACAUUUGUUUUUCACAUGUUGUAUCUUUAUGAAAUGUUGCCUUAGUUUGUUUAUUCUGUGAGAAAGUUCAAUCGUUACCUUUUGCUAUCUAACAAUAUGAGGAUACAAUUUUGUUCUAUAAUUCUUAACAAUCAAUGGUUAUUUCAGAUAAAACAAAAUAUAGAAAUAAUAAAUAUGAUUACAAAAUGUAUAUGAUUUGUCGUUAACUGAGUGAAAUAUUUUUGGUAUUCGGGUAUGCAUGGGCUACGUCGUUUUAGUAUCUGGAGGAUAGUUAUCUCAUUGGCAAUCAUACCACGUCUGCUUAUUUGUAUAUUCAUGACGCAUUUGUUGGAAAAAAUGAGUGAAUUGUAUCACUCCUGCUAAUUAAUACAUAUUAUUUUGAAGUUUUUAUGUUUUGCAUACUGUUUUGUUCUUUUAACAUAUAUUUGUUUGUUAACACACCAUUGAAUAAAUAAACAAAAUAUAGAUUUGA